ACUUCCGUCGCCGGCUCUCGGCACUCAAGUAUGCUUCCGGGUUGAGAAGGUCGCCUGCAGCGGCCCUGGCGUCGCUCUCCGCAGGUGCUCGUUUUAUGGAGCCAGUAGGUGCCCGCCACAGUAGCUGUAGCUGUAGCGGUAGCCGUAGCUGUAGCGGUAGCCGUGGCGGCGGCGGCGGCAGCGGCAGCGGCAGCAGCAGCGGCGGCGCGAAGGCCGGAGGCGGAGUCCGCGUUGGGGCCCUUGCCCCGGCAGGAUGCUACCUGGUUUGGCCGCAGUCCUUGCUCACAGACGCGGCUGGUCCUCCCUGUCCCGGCUCCCCUUAAGGUGCAGGGCGGCGCCCGGCAGCCCUUGCGGCCCCGCCCAGGGAUGGCAGAGCUUAGUGACACUUGGAAGUUUCUCAAGCAUUUUACCAUGCAGUCAUCUACACAUUUACUCACUGAGUCAAGUAAGAACUUACUCUACAGAUACCCAGAAGGAAGGACUGGAAAUGCAGAAAGUUCAGUUACCACCAACUCCACCAAAACAUGUAUCUGUUCCUGUUGAAACAGUACCAGAUACCAGCCUUGGACUCCAAACCCCACUUAUUAAGCAAGAACCUCUCCAAGUAAGAGUUAAAGCAGUUCUUAAGAAGAGGGAAUAUGGACCAAAGUACACCCAGAAUAAUUUCAUCACUGGAGUCAGAGCAAUAAAUGAAUUCUGUCUUAAAUCCAGUGAUCUAGACCAGCUGCGGAAAAUCAGACAAAGAAGUCCCCAUGAAGAUACUGAAUCCUUUACUGUCUACUUGAGAUCAGAUGUAGAGGCGAAGGCUUUGGAGGUUUGGGGAAGCCCUGAGGCUCUUGCUAGAGAGAGAAAGCUGCGUAAGGAAGCAGAGAGAGAAUAUAGAGAGAGGUUGUUUAGGAAUCAAAAGAUAUUACAAGAAUAUAAAGACUUCCUGGGACACACAAAGCCCCGGCCUAAAAAAAUAUCGGUGUUUCUUAAAGGACCAGGAAAAGUAGUGAUGGUUGCUAUUUGUAUAAAUGGCUUGAACUUUUUCUUUAAAUUACUUGCUUGGAUUUAUACGGGUUCUGCAAGUAUGUUCUCAGAAGCUAUACAUUCAUUAUCUGAUACUUGCAACCAGGGUUUGUUAGCAUUAGGCAUCUCUCAGUCCAUACGGACACCAAACUCUGCUCAUCCGUAUGGUUUCUCAAAUAUGCGCUAUAUUUCCUCAUUAAUUAGUGGUGUUGGUAUUUUUAUGAUGGGUGCAGGACUUUCUUGGUACCAUGGAAUCAUGGGAUUACUUCAUCCUCAGCCUAUAGAAUCUCUUCUAUGGGCUUACUGUAUUUUAGCAGGAUCAUUGGUGUCUGAAGGAGCAACUCUCCUUGUUGCUGUCAAUGAACUUCGACGGAGUGCUCAAGCUAAAGGACUAUCAUUUUACAAGUAUGUAUUAGAAAGUCGUGAUCCCAGUACAAAUGUGGUGUUAAUGGAGGAUGCUGCAGCAGUCUUAGGAGUGGCCCUAGCAGCUGCUUGUAUGGGUCUGACUUCUUUAACAGGCAAUCCACUCUAUGACAGCCUGGGUUCUUUAAGUGUGGGAACCUUAUUAGGAGCGGUAUCAAUGUUUCUCAUCUACACAAACUCAGUAGCACUUUUAGGGCAAUCAAUCCAGCCUGAGCAAGUGAAUCGUCUAACAGAACUAUUGGAAAAUGAUCCAUCAGUAAGGGCAAUUCAUGAUGUUAAAGCCACAGACCUUGGAAUGGGUAAAAUUAGAUUUAAGGCUGAAGUAGAUUUUGAUGGAAAAGUUGUUACACGGUCUUAUUUGGAAAAACAGGACAUUGACCAGAUGCUGCAAGAAAUUCAGGAAGUAAAGACUCCUGAGGAAUUAGAAAUUUUUAUGCUUAAGCAUGGUGAAAAUAUUAUUGAUACUCUAGGAGCUGAGGUAGAUCGACUUGAGAAGGAGCUGAAGAAACUAAAUCCUGAAAUACGACAUGUAGAUUUGGAAAUAUUAUAAAUUUGAUGGAAUAUCCUUGGUGAACACUCUUGGAAAGUUUUGUCCAGUACUAAGCAAAACCACAGUGAUAUCAGCACCUUACCUCCUCUACCAGCUUUCCUUAUGCUGAAGGAGUCAGCAAAAUGCAGAAGCCAUUUUGGGGGAAGAAUCUUAGGGGAAAUGUCUUAAUACAAACAGUCAAUCUAACUGGCCAUAGAACUAAAACUGCUUAUUGUUUCUAUAUGAGAAAUACUACAAGUUGAGUUCAUUUGAAAAAUCAUGUUUUUUGUGUUUAAGUAGACGCAUUUUUCAUUUCUUAUUCUUGGUUUCUUUCACAUUUCUGCCUUUCAUUUUGUAUAGUAUUUUGCAAUCAUGUUUCUUUUCUUUAUGUUAGUAAACAUAGAUGGAGUCUAUAGAAUUAUUAUUUAUAAUAUUGAGGCCACUGAAUGCUUUACUCCAUCACAGUCUCCCGGUCCUCAACACACUGGCAUAUUCUAGGUGAGUGGUGUGUAGUUCCUUCUCUUAGUGAAACGGUACUUUGUGUCUACCCUUGCUUAUAGAGCUUGGAAUCUCAUUUCUGCUUCCUUAGUGAUUCUUGGCCUGGCUGCUAACAACAAACAUUUUUCUUUUCAAAUAUGGUAAACAGUAUAUGCUGGGUCCAGGGGUGAUGCAGUUACUGGACUGAAUGAAGGCAUUCUUGAUGGAAUAUUUGAGAAACAGCAGAGCCUCUAUUUUUCUGUAUACUAUUCUUUUUACUUCAUUUUGAGUAAUAUUUAUUAAAAUAAGGAAUUAUAACAGUCUCAGGAAUUUCCUAGGGACUAUGGAUUGUGGUGGCUGCUUUUUGUCCCCUUUCAGUAAUACCACAGUAUGUAUUUACUAGGAGACAAGGUAUAUAUCAAGUUUUAAUGUUCUGUAAAAUAUGUUAGAAAUAUUUAUAAUUUUACAGACAGGAAGACAUUUUUAAUUUAUUUAAGCAGAGGCACAACUUACGUAAAAUUUGAAUUAUGGAUUAUUUCUUAUUUUAAAGUAAGCCCCUCACCUGUGAAGUAAAACUUAUUAUCCUGAAAACUAUGUGAGUGACUUUCAUAAUAUUGAUUGCAUAGAUUAAGAUACCUGAAUUGUGGGUUUCUAGUAUUUACCAAAUGGGCAUUGAGCACAACUAGAUUGGCAAUAACAGAUAAUUUAAGCAAAUAGUUUUCUAAUGACUCUCUGAGUUGUUGAGGUAAAAUGGUAUAGUUCACUAGUUGGAAAUGAAUAAAAGAAUUGUAGCUGUAAUCUAUCUGUUCUCCAAAACAACCACCUCCGUAUGCACUUUAGGAUUAUUAGGUGGAAGUGAGUGUUGGCCCAUGGAAGGGUAGGGAUAAGGUGAACUGAUAACAGUGAUUCCAUUGCUAGAUUAGCUGGUGCUUUAGAAGAGAAGUGGAAUACAAGUUUGAAUAGUCUCCAGAAAUUAUUUGGAUUAAAUUUUGUAAACUAUAGCAGGUUACAGUUCUGGAGGCUAAAAUACUAGUAUUUGAUCCAGUGGUUUGCAAUGGUAUUUUUUAUCCUAAGAUGUCAUUCACCGGGAAAUUAUAAGAAUUUAAACUGGCAUACAUUUUUGACCAUUACUGAGCACUGUGUAUGCUAUGAAUUUUAAGUGAAACAACAUUCCAAAAAGUUUUUUUAAAGGAGCGUGAAAUUGCACAUAAUGUAUAUAAUUUUAUUCCAUGUUAAUGUGGUAUCAGAUUCCUUAACCCCAUUUUUGUUUUUUCAAUUUUUUUUUAUUCUAAUUUCCUCUAUCCUCUCUUUCUCCCCUGCCUCCCACCAGCUAAUUGUUGUCCUGUGUAAGUGCCAUCUGCAAAGAAGCUGGCUAUAAUCCAACUUCUAUUAUAAUUGUUAAUUUACAAAAUUUAACAGAGCUAGACAUUAGAGUUAACCCUUUAAAAAUAAGUAAAAGGUUGAGGCUGGUAUAUAAAAGUUUAUUUAGACAUUUUAGAUUCUUUGAAGGUCCUCCUAAAAAAAAAGGUAAGAAGUGUGUUUUUGAUUCUUGUUGACUUUUUGUUUUAAUCUGGUUCUAAUUUAUGUUACACUUCAACAUUUCCUGUGUUGAUAACACCCAUCAUUGGAGAACAUUAAUGAUUGAAGGCUGUGUCACUGCUUUUUCUUUUCUUCCUUUUCCUUUACUUUAAGGUGGUUUUAAAUAAAAUUUUAUACAUAGGAUCAAAUUUGAGUAUUUAAGUAUUUAGUAAUUUGAAGAUUAGACUCUGGAACCAGGAAACCUUAAAAAUUAUUCUCUCACUAGACCUUAUUAUCUUCAUUUUAACCUUCGAACAGAUUAAAAUUAUAUAGUCAGAGAAUUGAAAUUCUUAUAAACUGAGAGGCAUACUGUAUAGGCAGUAAGGUGUCAUUUUUCUUUUUUACUUGACAUGCUUCUCAAGUUUUAGGUUCCCACCAGCUUAAAUGAUAAGAACUUAAUACUGCACAUGAAUAAUUUGAGGAAAAUGUAAUCUAUGAGAUAAAAGUUGCAAAACAUCUAUUCCUGGGGGGUGGUGUGUGAAUAAAAUAGUUCUAAUACCUACAGUGUUAAUGUACCAGUUAUGAUGCAUGACAUAAUAAUAUGCAUGUAUGUGUCAUAUACAUGCAUAUUUUUAUAAACUAGGUAGUAUGUGACAUCAGUAACCUAAAAUGAGAAAUAGAGAUUAUUCAGUUCUGCUUGUAGUUUUCCUUAAAUAUAUAAGCCAAGUCACUCAAGUGUAUUUGAAUUUAGAGGCAAACCCAGAAAUUUGUUUUCUGAAUUUUUUGAGAUUUAUUUUAAGCAUUAUAAUUCAGAUUUCCCAUCAAAUUGUGCAGAGUAUAUUAAAGAAGAAAAGAUGCUCCUUUGAUGUCAGUGAUUAGAAUCAAGUAGAACAGGUCUUGCAUUGUGCAUUCAAGAGCAGUAAAUUAGACAUGGGCAGGCAGGGCUUCUAGCUGCAAAGGGUUCUUUAUUCCUGAGUAGCUCUAGCUAACAUCGGGGAACUAUCAGUAAGAAUGGCAUAGCUUUUCUUAACUCUUACGAGUUCAUAAGAAGUGAAGUGAUCUUUAAUCAUAAUCUUUAACGUAAGAGUGUAUGUUUUUACACCAUGGCAAUGACAAACUUAUUUUAAAUGGGUAUCCAGCCUAAUUUUGAUUAGAGCUUUGAGACACACUCAGCAUCAGAGGCCUAUCGCUAUUAAGAACUAAGUCUCCAAUGCUCAGGAGAAGGAUAUUGUAUUAGAAUCAUUAAAUACUUGCCGACAUUCAGAUCAGAAACAUUUCCCAACAUUAAAAAUAAUUAUUUAACCAAAUAACCAAAGUAACCAAAUAUGACCAAAUUAAACCAAAUGUCAAAUUAUUGCAUUACUAGGGGUUGUGAUAUAUGAUCUUUACUGAUGUGUUUAAUAGUUCAAAUAAUGAUUUCUACUAAUAUUUUAAAUUUUAGAUAUUUUUCAAGGAAUCUAUUCUGAGAUGUUGAAAGUUGGGUACUGAAGAAGACUUGCAAAAACGUUUAGAGUACAUAUUUUUGUCCUCGUACAGAAAUUGUAAUAAUUCAGAUUUUAUUGUGUGACAGCCUCCAAUUUGGUAAACUCAGAAAUGAGUGACACAAAGAGUUAAAGAUAAACUGAAUACACUUAAUUCUGAAGGGGUUUCCCAUGGAUUUUUUGCAUCCCUAUCCUUUUGAAGCAAAGCUUUGUAAGGCACUUAUAGAAAAGGUUUGUUUAGCAGUCUUUAUUCUGCAUACAAGUUUACUGCGGUAUCUAAAAUCUGGUUUUGUGGAGAAGAGACAAUUCUAAUUUCUCUUGAUUUGUAUUUCAUCUGUUUGAUGUUAUUAGUAAAGCAAGUUGGCCAUGAUGCUUCCUUUUUUUCCCUCAAUAAAUGUCAUAUGCAAAUAAGAGCAGUUUACAUUUUGAUUUGGGAUUGGAGAAACAGUAAAAUGAAAGUUGAACUCUUGUUCACAUUGCAUGCUAAUGACUCAUUGGUAGUCUGAUAGUUUCACACGCCUAUUAACUAACUUAAGAAUUGCACAUAUAUUUUUGAGCAAAAUUCUGUGGGUUUUUGCAAAUAGUAAGAGUUUAUGGUUUUCCUCCUGUAAAACUAAAAAUAUUGUAACUAAUCAUGGAGAAGCUUUAUGGCUACUUUAUAUGUCAGAAAUACUGUUAUUUAUGCACAUAGAGAUCAUCAAACCUGUGUGAGUCAGGAAGGUGAUAAUAAUAACUUCUUAUUGUAUCA